UAAACUGACGGCCCUUGAAAAGAUUCCCCUCUCUCUCUCUACACUGAAAAUUACUUGGCAUAAAAACAAAGGAAUAUACCUUCUAGAGAGAGAGAGAGAGAGAGAGAGAGAGAGAGAGAGAGAGAGAGAGAGAGGGAGAGAGUUACAGUUUGUGGAAUUUCUUGGCUGAAGCGGAAUCGAUUUUCAGAGGAUUGGUUUUAUUGUUGUUAUGGCAAUUGUAAGUAUGGAGUUGUGAACUUGGGAGCUUCUCAGGAACUGGAACUUGAAAAAUCUAUAGCGGUACAAGGGGUUGGGUUUUGGUGAAUUUCUUAAGGGGACCUGCGGCUAGAUUUUGGAUAUUGAAUACAUUUCUUCAAGCCUUUUUUUAGAAUUCGUGGCUAAUCGAAAUUGGUUGUGGUUUUGGGAUGCUGAAUUACGACAUUUGGAUUCUUGAUUGGUAGCAAAUGAAGAUGGAGUUUGUGCAAUUGCCUAGUUGAUUUGUUGGCAAUUGAAGAGGUAGCUUUAAGGGAAAAUUUAUUGAAAAUAUAUGGCAACGUCGAGUGAGAGAUGGAUCGAUAGACUUCAAUUGUCCUCCUUGUUUUGGCCUCCCCCAGAUGAUGAUCAGCAAAGAAAGGCUCAGUGUUCUGCAUAUGUUGAGUACUUGGGUCAGUUUACAUCAGAACGAUUCUCAGAGGACAUUGCUGAGCUGAUUCGGAGCCGUUUCCAAUCAAAGGAAAAGCGCCUCUUCGAUGAUGUUUUAGCUGUGUUUGUGUUUCAUCAUCCCGAGCAUGGGCAUGCUAUUAUUCUUCCAAUCAUUUCUUGUAUAAUUGAUGGCACCCUGGAAUAUAACAGAAAUGACCCUCCAUUUGCCUCUUUCAUAUCCUUAUUCUGCCCGGGAACAGAGAACCAUUAUUCUGAACAAUGGGCCCUUGCAUGUGGGGAGAUACUCCGGAUCUUGACUCAUUACAAUCGGCCAAUAUACAAGACGGAACAAAAGAAUGGUGAAACAGAAAGAAGCAAUAGUGGCUGCGUUGCUACAACUCGUGACACCAAUGAUGGGGAAUUUGUUCAAGUGCCUCUGCAACACGAGAGGAAACCUAUAAGACCUUUGUCCCCAUGGAUUACUGACAUAUUGCUUGCUGCACCAUUGGGCAUCAGAAGCGACUAUUUCCGCUGGUGCAGUGGUGUUAUGGGUAAAUAUGCUGCUGGAGAGCUCAGGCCACCCACAUCAGCUUCUUCUCGUGGAUCUGGAAAACACCCUCAGCUUAUACCAUCAACUCCAAGAUGGGCCGUUGCAAAUGGUGCUGGAGUCAUAUUGAGUGUUUGCGAUGAAGAAGUUUCUCGGUAUGAGACGGCAACUCUAACAGCAGCUGCUGUUCCUGCGCUUCUUCUUCCUCCCCCCACAACAGCUUUAGAUGAACAUUUAGUUGCUGGGCUACCAGCUCUUGAGCCAUAUGCACGCUUAUUCCAUAGAUAUUAUGCCAUUGCUACUCCCAGUGCUACCCAAAGGCUUCUUCUUGGACUCUUAGAAGCACCUCCAUCUUGGGCUCCAGAUGCACUCGAUGCAGCUGUACAGCUUGUAGAGCUUCUUCGAGCUGCUGAAGAGUAUGCAACUGGCAUUAGGCUUCCUAGAAACUGGAUGCAUUUACAUUUCUUGCGUGCCAUUGGCACUGCAAUGUCCAUGAGAGCUGGUAUUGCUGCUGAUGCUGCAGCAGCCUUGCUGUUUCGCAUACUGUCCCAACCCGCAUUGCUUUUUCCACCGCUACGACAAGUUGAGGGAAGUGAUGUUCAAUAUGAAUCUUUGGGUGGCUAUGAUUCAUCAUACAGGGAACAGAUCGAAGUGCCUGCAGCGGAAGCUACAACUGAAGCUACUGCUCAAGGAAUUGCGUCGAUGCUUUGUGCACAUGGCCCUGAAGUUGAAUGGAGAAUUUGUACCAUCUGGGAAGCUGCUUAUGGCUUGAUUCCGUUAAGUUCCGAUGUAGUUGACCUCCCUGAAAUCAUAGUUGCAACACCAUUGCAACCUCCCAUAUUAUCAUGGAAUUUAUACAUUCCUCUCCUUAAGGUUCUUGAAUAUCUUCCACGAGGUAGCCCAUCCGAAGCAUGUCUGAUGAAGAUAUUUGUUGCUACUGUCGAAUCAGUUCUUCAAAGAACGUUUCCGUCCGAGUCUCCCAAGGAACAAACUAGAAAAACAAGAUACUUUUCCAGCUUUGGUUCUGCUUCUAAAAAUCUCGCUGUCACAGAGCUUCGAACCAUGGUCCACUCGCUCUUCUUAGAAUCAUGUGCUUCUGUGGAGCUCGCUUCACGCCUACUUUUUGUCGUAUUGACUGUUUGUGUUAGUCAUGAAGCUCAAUCCAAUGAAAGCAAGAAAUUCAGACGUGAACAAAGUAUUGAUGAAAGGGUUGAGGACUUGCAAGCGGUACCCGAGAACCAUACAGGAAUAAGAAGGAGAAAGACUAAAAAGCAAGGUCCUGUUUCUGCGUUCGAUUCUUACGUCCUGGCUGCUGUUUGUGCUCUUGCUUGUGAGCUCCAGUUAUUUCCCUUUGCUGCUAGGGGAAGUGAUCAUUUAAACACUACAAAUUUACAGGAUGUAAUAAAACUGGUAAAAGUAAACGGCACUUCGACCGAGCUUCAGAAUAGCGUUAGCUCAGCAGUAUGCCACACGCAUCGAAUUUUGGCCAUCUUAGAAGCACUUUUUUCUUUAAAGCCAUCUUCUGUGGGAACUUCAUGGAGUUAUAGUUCAAACGAGAUAGUUGCUGCAGCCAUGGUUGCAGCUCAUGUUUCAGAACUCUUUAGACGAUCAAAGGCUUGCAUGCACGCUCUCUCUAUCCUGAUGCGAUGCAAGUGGGACGACGAGAUUUACACCAGAGCAUCAUCACUGUACAAUCUGAUAGAUAUACACAGCAAAGCAGUUGCUUCCAUUGUUAACAAAGCUGAACCUUUAGAAGCAAAUUUAAUACGAGUACCGAAAUGGAAGAAAUCUCUCGUUGGUUUAAACGGAAAAAAACAAAUUCAAUGUGAAGACAGUACCUGCUUUCAUCCUGGACAAUCUGUUCAAAAGUGUGACAAUUCGACCCCUUCGGAAACUAAGCUUGUGUUCGAGAGAACAUCAAAUUCAAAUGAAGAGUUGGGAAAUACUUUAGGGAAAGGUUUAGCAAGCUUCUCGAUUGAUGCUUCUGAUUUAGCCAACUUACUCACAAUGGAGAGGCAGAUAGGAUUCAACUGUUGUGCACAAGUUCUCUUAAGAUCAGUGCUUGCUGAGAAACAAGAAUUAUGUUUCUCUGUUAUUUCUCUACUGUGGCAUAAGUUGAUUACAGCUCCAGAAACUCAACCGAGCGUGGAGAGCACUUCAGCGCAGCAAGGAUGGAGACAGGUAGUUGAUGCAUUAUGCAACGUGGUAUCAGCUUCCCCAGCUAAAGCAGCUACAGCAAUUGUCCUUCAGGUCUACAUUUCUUUACCAGUUUUUUUAUUCCAGAACUCAUUUGCUAAUCUUCUAGUGUUAUUGUUCAUGAUCAUAUACUUCAUGUGUUUAGUCAUUUUCAUGGCCUUCUGUGCUUGUCAGGCGGAGAGGCAGUUGCAACCUUGGAUUGCAAAAGACGAUGAUCAAGGUCAGAAGAUGUGGAGAAUCAACCAGCGGAUCAUCAAACUCAUAGUUGAGCUAAUGAGAAAUCACGAUACUCCAGAAUCGCUGGUCGUAUUGGCGAGUGCGUUAGAUCUACUGUUGCGUGCCACAGAUGGCAUGCUUGUAGAUGGUGAAGCCUGUACUUUGCCACAACUAGAGCUAUUGGAAGCGACUGCUAGAGCAGUUAAGCCUGUACUGGAGUGGGGAGAAUCUGGACUGUCAAUUGCUGAUGGCCUUUCCAAUCUCUUAAAGUGUCGUCUACCAGCUACUGUUCGAUGCCUAUCUCAUCCAAGUGCGCACGUCCGAGCCUUAAGCACAUCGGUUCUUCGGGAUAUUCUGCACACCAGCUCGAUAAAUUCUAGUUCAAAAUCGGGAAACAUAAAUGGCAUUUAUCCCUCUUAUCAGUAUUUCAGUUCAGGUUUCAUUGACUGGAAAACAGAUAUUGAGAAGUGCUUGGGAUGGGAAGUUCAUAAUCAACUUGCAACUGGACUAUCAACUCAGUCUCUUCAAGCUGCUGCCGAGGAAUUAGGCUGCUCUAUUCCCCUAUGACGUCGGUAUAAGCUUAGGUUGUUCGUUAUUGUAACGAUGUUGAAGUAUACGAGUUUGCGGAGACGAUUUACGCUAUGUUUCUUAUCUGAUACCAUAGAUUAUUUUUAUCCAAUAAUUCCUUGUUUGGUCCUGUUUACAUAUCCUCUCACCAAGAUGUUUGUGCAUAGUGAGACAGUUAAGACAUUUUAUAAGGCCUUAUUGUGUGUUCAAUUAU